AUGACUUCACAGGUGGAUGGCGAUGAAGUUAAUAAACGAGACUGGAAUAAAGAACUGCAUAUGUGGGGAAAAAGAGGAUGGAGUAGCAUUCACGGAGGCUGGGCACUAAAAAACAACAUACCAUCACUAAUGAACCAGCAAGCCUAUCCUCCAAUUCCUAUAGUCGAAAAGAGAUCGUGGAAUAAUUUACAGGGAGGUUGGGGAAAAAGAUCAGCAUAUGAAGAAGAUGAUGCAAUUGAAGACAUAUCAUCGAUGUUGGAGCCAUCAACUAGGUACAAGAUCCCGACUGACUCAGAUGACGACUUCAUUGUACAUGAUAAAGUCAAACGGAACUGGAGCAAAUUCACUGAUGGUUGGGGAAAAAGAAGCAAAUGGGAUAAUUUCAAAGGUACCUGGGGAAAGAGACAGCCCGCCUGGUCCAACUUGAAAGGAAUAUGGGGAAAGAGGAGUGAACCGGAGCAAUUCUUAAAUUAAUCAACUUCAACAAGCGAUAGGUUUGAACAUUUACUUUUUUCACU